UCCUGUCGGGAACUUCCGGUCCGGGACUUCCGGUCCGGGGCUUUUCCAUCUCUCCUGCGGGAGAAGCAGGCUGCGGGGACUGCGGUAGCCUCGUGACCCGGACGCCCUCCGGACGAAGGAGGAAGAAACAGUUAGCAGACGCAGCUCAGUGUCUGCUCUCUGCCCUCCCCUCAGCCUUUUCCUGGAUUGUGAGCACCUUGAUGGGGAUCCCUGCGUCGUUCAAGGUGAAGCUCUGUGUCAGGAUUAAGACUUGUAGAGAUUUGUCGCUGCUUGGUCCUGAUAAGUGUUAAAUCUGUUCCAAGAUGGCCGAUCCUUGGCAGGAAUGCAUGGAUUUCGCCGUAACCCUCGCAAGACAAGCUGGAGAGGUAGUUCGUGAAGCUCUAAAAAAUGAAAUGAAUGUUAUGAUUAAAAGUUCUCCAGCCGAUUUGGUAACUGUGACUGACCAAAAAGUGGAAAAAAUGCUUCUCUCUUUCAUAAAGGAAAAGUACCCAUCUCACAGUUUCAUUGGCGAGGAAUCCGUGGCCGCCGGGGAGAAGAGUGUCCUGACCGACGACCCUACGUGGAUCAUCGACCCCAUUGAUGGGACGACCAACUUCGUGCACAGAUUUCCUUUCGUUGCUGUUUCAAUUGGCUUUGUUGUAAAUAAAAAGAUGGAAUUCGGAGUUGUGUACAGUUGUGUGGAGGACAAGAUGUACACGGGCCGGAGAGGAAAGGGCGCCUUUUGUAAUGGGCACAGACUGCAGGCUUCCCGGCAAGAAGAUAUUACCAAAUCACUCUUGGUGACCGAGUUGGGCUCUUCCAGAACACCAGAGACUGUAAGAAUUAUUCUGUCUAAUAUGGAGAAGCUUCUUUGCAUUCCCAUUCAUGGGAUCCGAGGCGUUGGAACGGCAGCUGUUAACAUGUGCCUUGUGGCCAGUGGGGUCGCAGACGCGUAUUAUGAAAUGGGCAUCCACUGCUGGGACAUGGCGGGAGCUGGCAUCAUUGUCACCGAAGCUGGUGGCGUACUAAUGGACGUGACAGGUGGACCAUUUGAUUUGAUGUCACGAAGAAUAAUUGCUGCAGGUAGUAAAACCUUAGCAGAAAGGAUAGCCAAGGAAAUUCAGAUAGUACCUUUCCAAAGAGACGAUGAAGAUUAAAUCCAAGCACCGACAUAUUCAGUCACAGCGGCAUCCUCUCCCCAGAUUGGCUGACGCACUGAUGAUGUCACAAAAUUGAGGUCCUUUGUUUCAGUUGUAUAGUAGGAUUGGUUUAAAUUGUCUUUGAUGUCCAGACUGAAAAAAUUGCUACUUGUUGCAUAUUUUACUAAGACUAGUAUGCCAGAAUAGAUGAAAUGUUUGUUUCAUCGUUUUAAAACAUUUUGUGUGUAAGAAUGGACUUUGGGGAAAAUACGCAGGCAGUUGAUGA